ACACAUUCAUAUAUACUAGUAUACUCCUAGCAUGUUUAUAUAUCUCUCAAUGACCAAUCAAUGAAUAGGACUAGACAAAACUCUCCCCCUAUAUUUAUAUAUCAUUUCCUUAACCACUCCACAGUCUACACCAUUAUCACUCACUUGAAACAACAUGAACAAUAGAAAAUCUUCCACAACUAUGCUCUCAUUUCCCUCACUCAUAAUCCUUUUCAUCAUCUCACAACAUUCAUCACUCCCUCAUGCACACACCAUCAAAACUAGACAAAAUCUCGAGAUAAUAAUCGGCGGCGGUGGCGCCCCUUCACCCGAAACUCCCGUGUGCCCCGAACCCAUCCCCCCUCCCCCUCCCCCACCCGAGGAAUGCCCUCCUCCGCCCCCGCCUCCUUUACCCCCUCCCCCCUCACCACCACCGCCACGAUAUCCUCCUCCACCGCCUCCUCGGCCUCCUCGGCCUCAACCUCCAAAAAAACCGCCUCAACCUCCAAAAAAACCGCCCAAUCCUCCAUCACAAAGAAAACUAUCGCCCGAGCUACAAAGGUCGAAGGAAGUCAUCGAAAGGUUCCGAAAGACAAUAGGGCACGACCCUAAGCGCGUGACCGAUACGUGGAAAGGCGACAUUUGCUACGACAACACCAAAUACAAGGGCUUCAUCUGCGACACCACAAUCAAAGAAAGAAAACUCCUAGUAGCCCUAGUCAACUUCAAUAACUACGAAUUCCAAGGCUUUCCCCAUACCCCCUUAGCCCUCCACAACUUCCUCGAAAACCUGACCGAGAUCAUCGCCUUCCACUCCAACUCCAACUUCUUCUCCGGCGGCAUCCCCUUAGGCCUCGACCAAAUCCGGUCCCUCUUUGAGCUCGACCUCAGCAACAACAACCUCAACGGCUCCUUCCCCAACGAAGUCCUCGUCGCCACCAACCUCACCUUCCUCGACCUCCGCUUCAACCACCUCUCCGGCCCCCUCAACCCGCGCGUCUUCAACCUCGACCUCAACAUCCUCUUCCUCAACAACAACUACUUCACCGGCCCCAUCCCGCCCGCCCUCGGCCAAACCCCGGCCCUCUACGUCACCCUCGCCAACAACCUCUUCACCGGCCCCAUCCCGGCCACCAUCGGGAACGCUAAAAACACGCUCCUCGAGAUUCUCCUGCUAGGCAACCGCCUCACGGGGACGCUCCCGUACGAGAUAGGGCUCUUGGAAAAGGCCACGCUGUUCGACGCGAGCGUGAACAAGAUCACGGGCCAGAUUCCGCACUCGUUCGGGUGCCUCAAGUCGAUCAAAUACCUCAACAUGUCUAUGAACCAGCUAUGUGGGCCGGUGCCGGAGCCGCUGUGCCGGCUGCCGCGGCUGGUGAAGCUGACGCUGAGUGACAACUUCAUCACGCAGGUGGGGCCCGCGUGCAGGAAGCUGAUUGAGAGGAAGGUUUUGGACGUGGGAAGGAACUGCAUUUUGGAUCUGCCGAAUCAGAAGAGCAAGGAGAUGUGUGCGGGUUUUUUCCACAAGCGGCCGUGCCAGGAGCCGGCUUACCUGAAUAAGAUACCUUGUGAUUUGAAAUCGGGAAAGGAACCGGAACCGGAACCGGAGAGGAAACUGAUGGAGAAGCCGAGGAGCUAUGCGGCUCUGGAGCUGCAAGGCUAGUUAUAUGCAUCGGCUAUAUCUAUAUAUGUAUGUAUCUACAUAUAUGUUUUUGUGUUCUUCUUGAUUUGGGAAAUGUAAUUUGUAUAUGAAUUUUAGUGUUGUUGAAAUUCAAUAAUUGAUCAUCUCAUUUGUAUUA